AUGACAGAAACCCGCGUCCUAUCAAAGCGAAUCCUACAAGCCCCUCUACCUGACUUGAAGGUCGGGCCUGGGAAGACCACGUACUCAGAACUCCACGAUGUGGCCUUUGUCGGGACUUUGAGCCCGUGGCCCGAUUUCGAGAUCUCGGUACAAGCAUGUUACGAUGCCCAAGAGUUGAGUCGCAGUUCCACGGCUGUUGUUACCCCUGGCCUCUACAUAUUGGAACCUGAGUUUGUGUACAUUGGAGACAAGUACGGCGUUCGAAGACGUUUUCAGCAAGCGAUAGGGCAAGUACUUGGAGUGGCCCUGGCGGCCCAGGGGGUAAAUCUACGUUUUGGGGACUUUGCGUGCUCCGGCCUUGAAUACAACAAUCCUCCAGAUGUCGUGGGAUUAAGCACCGUGGGUCAGCCUAGAUAUGAGUUGAGGCUUUUGGGCACAUUGAAGACCCCAUGGGUUGCUGAGCAUUCUCUCACCCGGGCAUACGACAACCCUGGACUGCUGCGGCAUCUUUUGGGCCAGCCUCUCCUGUACAUGGGUGACCUCUCGACUGCAUUUGGUUUUCUUAGCACAUACGACGAAACCAUUUCCUCCGGCAGAUCCAACUGGGUACCGGGCAAUGGGUGGCACAAUACUCGCCAGUUAUCUAUUCAACUGACCUCUCAGAGUCAUGGUUCUGGCCCCUCUGUCACUAUGAGACAAUGCAUGUUCUAUGUGGCCAAGCUUGCGAGCGAGCAAGGCCCGGUGAAUAACCAAACUCCGUCGGCGCAGUGGGUGGUGCGGUAUUGA